AGACCGAACUGAACACCGCUUCUCAGGAUGUAUCUCUUCUUCACUUUAAUAACCUGGAUUAUUGUCAUCAUCUCCGCUGCUGUGGGGGACAGUGAGAGAGUGGAGGUAAAGAGUGGAGGAAACGUCACCCUACGAGUCGAAACACCGGGGAAUGUGAGGAAAGUGAUGUUAAAAAAGUGUGAAAACAGGACAGAAGAGCCCAUUAUCCUCUACUGUUCCCCUGAGGAGGAGAAGAGGGGCUGCUCCGUCAAGAAAUCCGACAGAUUCUCCAUCAGAUCUGACACGGAGAGUUUGUCGGUAAUCUUCGGUGAUGCCCGAGUCAGUGAUGAAGGAUGUUACACUGUCUCUUAUAUCGACGUCGAUAACAAUGUGACGGAGAAACUCUUCGAAGUCACGGUCAGCGAGCAACCACUCACCACACCUGCUAUAUCCACCAAAGGUGAAGAGACGCUUGGGACAAAUGGAACAAACACCACAGUCAGUGAAGAACGAAAUCACAGAAUAACGUACAGCAUCAUGGGAGUCACUGCAGGGGUCAUUGUUGUUAUCUACUGUAAAAAGUCAGCAGGUGAAGCGGACACAGGUGAAUCUUUAGAGAUGGUUGUGGUUAACACAACCCUUUCAGUGAACAAUGAAGAAGGACCUGUACAUGGAGCUUGA